AUGGACAUGAUCGAGGAAGUGCUGAAAGUAGCAAGGAUGGCAGGUGCCGGCCUGGUUCAAAACAGGAACCAGUGUGUGUUAAUAACCCUUGACGUGAGAAACGUCUUCAAUUCAGCGCCCUGGCGGCUGAUAGAUGCCACUCUACAGAGGUAUGCGGCCCCUGAAUAUCUGGUGAAGGUACUGAGGUCAUACAUGUGUUCUAGGGAACUGCUACUCAACGAUGGAGAGUGUCUACUAGUCAUUUAUGGCGUCCCACAAGGGUCAGUGUUGGGGCCUACGCUCUGGAACACCUUCUAUGAUGGAGUACUUCGGCUCCCGGAACGUGAAGGUGUCAAAUUGGUAGCCUUUGACGUUGCCGUCAUAGCCGUAGCAUACAACGCUCAGCUCAUUGAGCAGUUGGUCAACCCCACUAUCACAGACAUCGUAGAGUGGAUGUGCAAAAAAGGCCUUCAACUCGCUCCUGACAAGUUGGAGUGCGUAGUGCUGACCAAAAAAUGCCUAUCGGGACCCUGAACUGUACAUCCAAGGCUGCCGGGUACCUGUAAAGAAAUCAAUCAGGUACUUGGGCGUGCAACUCGACACGAGACUCUCUUUCAGGGAGCACGUGGCGAAGAUUGUGGCAGGCGCGAGGAAGGCAGCUGCAGCGCUGGGAAAACUGAUGCCAAACGUUGGCGGACCCACGCAGUGCAAAAGCAGCCUGCUGAUGAGUGUGGUACACAGCUUAUUGUUGUACUGCGCCCCGGUGUGGGCAGACAGUGUCCAACCUGUACAGAAGCAUAAGCAUCUUCUGCUGCAGACGCAGAAGUGCGCUGCCCUCAGAGUGGCAAGAUGCUAUAGGACAGUUUCUGACAUGGCAGCUCUGGUCUUCGCUAUAAUGCCGCCAGCUUUCAUACAAGCCACUGGCCGUAAGAGUGCCAAGAUGGCUAAGAAGUGGAGUGUCGCCCUCUCAAAGCGAGAAAUGAUAGAGGAGACGAUAGGGCAGUGGCAAUUGCUGUAUCGACCACAACCAAGGCGGCGUGGACGAAACGCCUCAUUCCAUUAUGUUGUAAUGUAA